UGUCGUCUUAUCAUAGACAAGACGCCAAAAGUCAUUAAAAGGCGCGCGCUUUUAUGUGGAACAAAUGUGCACGUAAAAAGUUUUUAUAAAUUGUGUGAAAGUUCAUUAAUUUUCUAAUAAUAUGGCAAAGCACAACAAAACUAUUCAUUUAAUUGCAUCUAAGCUCGACCUAGGCGAUGAAGAAAAGGUUUUAAGCAAAGCUGCGGAGUUUGAGCGGCUUUUGCAAACAAAGUCGAUUGCCGGCAGCAAUAUGACUGACACGAGUAAAAUGGUUAUAUGUCUGGAACUAGCUGCUGGAAUGUUCGGUGCUGAAUUUGAUGUAAAAACUGCCAUAAAAUAUUCUGGUCUGAAGCCCUCAAUGUACAAUAACAGCAAGAAAGUGGUGCAGAAUCUUCUAGAACUGAACGGCGAUAGACUGACAACAAAUCUGCUGUGUGUCUCCCUGCAGUGCAGUGGAGUCCAGGAGCAGGCGGACAGGAUGCUUGCUGAUUACUGUAAAUUGGCAAGAACGGAGGUUGACAUGAAUUUACCGCAAUAUGUAUGCAUGGCUGUGUACCAUGCUUGCAGGCUCAACAAAGUGAAAGUGUCAAAGGCAAAAUUGAUAGAAAAGUCAAGACUGAAACCAUCUCAGUGGACAAAACUGGACACAGAGUGGACUAAGUUUGUGGAUGCUAAUUUCACAGCUAUUAAGAAGAAGAGAGGCAGACAACCCAAGAAAGAUGCUGUUAUUGCUACAAUAGAAGAGUUGCAGAUCGAUACAAUCCCAAAAGAGGAACCAUCAGAACCUCAAAUAGAAUCAUAUCAAGAAUGGAAGCAGAGAAUGUUAAUAAUGGCAUAUGAGGAGUUGAAGAAUUUAGAUGCGGAUGUCGAUAAAAGAGAUUUCAGUUUGACGCCACGCAGGUCUCCCAGGAAAACCCCACAGAAGUUUUCACCAUACCAAAAUCCAAAAAAUGCGAAUGGUGUCAAGUUAUUAUUUCCAGAUUUAUAGUUAUUGUAUUCUGGAAACCUGCUUGUUAGUAACUUUACGUAAAUAUUUUUCAAAACAUGAAAAGUGCCUUUAACAGUGGCAAGAAUAUUUUCGUUCAGUCAUAAUGCAUGUUACAAAGUUAUGGAAGCGUUGACCGCUUGAAUGAAUUUUAUGUUGUUAUGUAACAAAUAUGGUUUAAAAUUCUUUAAUAAAAGUGUUGUGACUAUGUGGUGACAGGUAAAUAUUCUUGGCAUAUUAACUUAACUUUGUGGCCUUAAAUAGUACAAGGUAAGGGAAGCUUCAUGCACACUGAGAUGGAAAUAUAAAGCUAUGUAUAGACUGACAAUUCCUUGGAACAAUAUAUUGGUAAAAAAACAUUCAGAGAUGGUUACACUAUUCAAUAUUUCAAUUAUUAUGUAUACCUAUUACUCGCAAGGCCUGCAAGCUUUGGAUUUUGCAGAUUGUUUACAAUAUGAUAAUCGCUUGCAGAAGUAAAUUUUUGGAAGUUUUUUCCUUGCAAUAUAAAGUAUUUACAUUUACAGAAAUAUUUCAUGGAGAUAGGUUGGUUAUACUUUUUGAAGCAGUGCUCUAUUUUUAUAGAGUAAUGACUGAUUUAAAAACGAAUACAAAUAUUCAAUAUAAUUUAUCAGAAGAUUGCGUGUUCUAAUCACGCGGGGGUCACUAGUAUUUGAGAAAAUCUCCCAUAUUCUCCACACAUAAAAUGUUCUUAUACAAUUGCAGAAAAAAUAAUGAUUUUCAAUUAGCUUUGUCAAAUUCUAGCAGUGCUCUAUAAAAAUUGAGCCGUGACUCAAUAAGCAUAACCAACCUUAUACCCUAUCAUUUUAUUUUUAUAGGUCUAGCAAAUUUCUCAAGUGAAUUAAGAUUUUUUAAAUUUAAUUUUGUUAAAAUAUUUGGUCACUUGGGACAGUUAUAAGAUUUCAGCGGCUCUCAUGAAAUACCUUGGCAAGUCCAUGUUCAUUAUAGCUGCUUUAGACAGUAUAUUUAUCACAUUAUAAUUGGUUUUAUAACAUGUACUGACUGAAUUUUUGUAAAUUUUAUUACUGGAUUUAGUUGCAGAUAAUAUUUUAUAUCUAAAUGACGUCAGGGAGUCCUACACCGACUAUAGGGUGAAUACGUCUUUUCGCCUUUACGGGUAUUCUAAUCGAAGGGCACCUUUGAUAGCUCUGUAUGUAAAAAGUCGAUUUGUUGACUCUUUACCCAAAUAUAUAUCAAAGUUUUCCUUCAUCCAGAACGCCCGUAAUGACAAAAAUACAAAAAAGCCCAUGUAGACGGAAUAGGGCCUCUUGACUAUAAUAGUAAUUAUCAUUGGGUAAUAGAUACAUUUUAUUUAUUUCUUCUUACUCUCUGCCUUAAAGAUUUUGGUAGGUAUAUAGAAGCUCUAAAUUAUCUGCAAUUAUAAUAUAAUAAGUAGCGAUAAGUACCUUAGCUGUAAGCAAAGAUCAUCAAAAAUAUUAUUUAAGGCAAUAUAGCUUGCCGCAGUGUGAGUUUUACCUUAUAUUGAUUUUUUUUUAUUAAAGUUUUGUGCCUAUUAAUUGUUUUCAUAUGAAUGGCAAUAGUUUAAAUGUAUAUUUUAAUGAUAUCGAUAAUAAUUGUUAUAUGUUUUAAUAUUCAUGUACCCCAGUUGUAUUAUAAUAAAAUAUUUUUAUAAAUA